GACACGCCGCUCGCCGCUCCUAUCCGGCCGCUCCCCAUCAGGCCAUCCCGGUGCUCCGCCGGUGAACAUCGGCGCCGCGUUUCAUUCCGAGGGUUAGUUUUCUCCUCGCGACCCUUGGUUUCCACCGGAUUUCUAGGCCUAUGCACUAUGGUUGAGAAGACAGCAGCAGGAUUGGAACUUGGGAGUGAGUAAAAUCGAGUUGUUCUGGGCACAACCAGCUUGCGCGCAGGGUGUAUGAGGAAAUGCCCCUGCGGCAGCUGCUUCUCCAGGCGCGGUGGCGGUGCUCGCCCUCGCCUAGUCUGCCUCAGCUCCCCGGGUUCCUCUUCCUCUGCCGCGCCCUCUCCAUCCUCCCGUCCGAAGCCUCGGCCACGCCGCCGCAGCGCCGGUCUCCACCUGUGCAGGUUCGGCUGCCCCAAUGCUCGCCUCGCUCCAGUUCCGACCCUCUCGGGUCCGGCUUCCACAUUGAUGUGGUCGAUUCCGAUCUCUGGCCAACAUCAUUCGGCUUCCCUUUGGAGGCCGCACGGGGCAGCGAGUACCAGGAUGACCUCCAACGGCAUGACGAUGAAGAAGUGCAGGAUUUUGACGAUGAGAUCGAUGACAUGAGGCAUCGUAAGAAGCUGUUCUAUAAACUGGACCGGGGAUCCAAGGAGUAUGAGGAGAACAAUGUGACCUUGCGCCGCAGAAGGAAUAGGGACAAAGCCAACGCCAAGAAUCCAAAGGAAUGCAAGAAUGCGGAGCCUGUCAUGUCUGUUUCUUCCAGUGUUCCAAAGCUGAAGCCAAAGCGUGCAGCACUGGAGGAGGAUGCGGUUGAGGUGAAGCGGGAACGGGUGCCAACGUUCAACCAGAUGACUGAUCCAUACCACAAGCCUUUCUGCCUUGAUAUACAUGUCACCAAGGGGUCAGUGCGUGCUUGCUUCGUGCACCGAGUGACCAGCAGGGUGGUGGCCGUUGCGCACUCCAUAUCAAAGGACAUGAAGUUUGAUCUGGGUUCAAGGAAGGGUAAGAGUAUCAAGGCCUGUGCGGCUGUUGGCGCAUUGCUAGCAAAGCGUGCGAUAGAAGAUGAUAUUCAUAAUGCAGUGUAUACACCAAGGAAAGGGGAUAGGAUUGAAGGAAAAGUUGAGGUUGUGUUGCGUGCAAUAAUUGAUAAUGGAGUUGAUGUGAAGGUGAAACUGAAGCAAAGAAAGCCAAUAAAGAAUACACUGGUGGUGCAGCAAGAUCAGUCCCCCUGAUAUGGUCAGGUAUCGUUCAGAACAGCUCCUGACUAGCAUGAGCCAGUUGCUUCAAAAGGCACCCAAAUUUAUCUGGAUAACUGACUGAAAGUGACACGAGCAGCUGAUGGAAAUGUGUGCAGUUCUGCAUGGUUAAUGUCUGCAGUCUGUACGAAAGGGUUCUGAUGGCCAUUUGUGCCCAUUCGGUUGCUGACAACUCAAAUUUCAGUAGUGGGUAAUUCAUAUCCCUGAACUGAUGCACGCAACUUUUGGAGUUAUAGCAUGAAUGGGCAAUUGAGCACUCACUGACUCACAGCCACAGUUAUAAUGCUACUUGUGCCAUGGAAACAAACCUCUGAUUGUACCUGAGAAUCGGAAUGUUAACCGUCGACUUGUCAAGUGC